AUGGCUCAACAUAUCAGGAAGGCUCUUCUUUAUGGGGCUAUGCAACUCUCUUUGGCUGUGCUAAGCGCCGCCCAUUGUCUUGUCGAUGAUAGCAUCACCCAACGUUACCAACCAGUACCGUCCUCGGCGCUACCACCGCCACUCAAUAAGGAUGGCUACGCAGUUCAAUACUUUGGCGAUGGAGCAUAUCUCAUCACUGAUGGAAGUGGCUACAUAAGCCUUUUCGUCGCCACAACUGUGGGAGGCAUCCUCGUCGACGCUCCUCCUACAAUUGGCCACAAGUUUCAGUGGGCUAUUGGAAAUAUUACGAGCGAGCCACUGAGAUAUCUCAUAUAUUCUCACUCUCAUGGAGACCACAUUGGAGGGGCCUAUCUAUUCACCAAGCAGCAUAAUGUCAAGACUAUUGCACACGAGUUCACAAAGACGGAAUUAGUCACAGCUAAAGACCCCAAUCGGCCCCCUCCUGAUAUUACGUUUGCCGGAGAUUAUACCCUUCAUCUUGGGAACCAAACGCUAGAGCUAUCAUGGAAGGGAUUAGGUCCAAUCCAUGACCCUGGAAACAUCUUCAUUUGGGCACCUCGACAAAAAAUCCUCAUGCUCGUCGACAUGGUAUUUCCUGGCUGGGUGCCAUUCUGGGGAAUGGCUCUUACGCAGUCUACGCGGGAUUACCUUUCGAUUCACGAUCAAAUUUUAGCAUACCCAUUUGAUCACUACAUUGGAGGCCAUGGAAAGAGCGGCGAUCGAACAGACGUCAUCAAUAACCGCGAUUACAUUGCGGAUGUAUUGGCGAACUGUCGCACUGCUAUAUUGGCAAGCGCCACCAAUAAUACCGAGGUCGGAGUAAGCCAGAUUGUGCCUCCCUUCUUGGCUGCAAAUCCCAACAAUGCGUGGGGCGAGUUCAUGCUCUACUAUACCAGAGUUGCAGAACUGUGCUACAAUUUGACAACUCCGAAAUGGGAAACUAAACUAGCCGGGCAAGACGUGUUUGGCUUUAGUCACGCUUUCAAAGCUGUUGGCGACAUGAGGCUGGAAUAUGAUGUUCUUGGCCCAUUCGGUGUCAUGUAG